AUGGCCGACGUGAAAAGACCAACUUCGCCUGGAACACCAGGAGGUUCCAGUUCCUCUUUCGCUGUUGCUAGACCACAUGGAGCCAAUGCUGUCAGACGACGUGCUCCAGCUGCUGCCAGACCAUCUUCCGCUCGAGCCGCAGGUGCAGGUGGAUCGAGUAAUACCAUGUUGAAGCUCUAUACGGACUCAGGAGAGGCAGGAUUGAAGGUAGACCCAUUCGUUGUUAUUGUCUUAUCACUCUCAUUCAUCGCUUCCAUCUUCUUCCUCCAUAUCGCUGCCAAGAUAGUACGAGCGUUCACCAAGUAA